ACGCUGACAGCCAGCUCACUAUUCCAAUGACCCCUCCCUCAUAAGCGGCGUAAGAACACCACCACCCUCAGUCUCGUUCCAUCAUGCCUCCCGGAUAUCCCCGCCACCCCUCUCAGUCCGCCGCUCACUUGGGCCGGCGUGUCAAUCCUCAGGACCUCGCGGUUCUCCCUUCGCACGAUCUUCCCUCUUAUUAUGAUCCACCAUCACCGUCGUCUACAUCCUCUUCCUCGCGGGAUGACGUGUACGGUACAUUCGUGAGCAACCAGGGCAACAAGCUCGAACCCAACGCGCGCUGGCAGCGUGUGGGCAAGAUGUGCUCCUGGGGUCCUACCUUCGAGGAGACGCAACGUGACCGGCGCUCUCGUAAGAGGAUUCGCCUCUGUCUCGAACAACUCUUGCCCGAGUCCGCGGCUGAGGUCGGAGAGCCAGCCCCGCAGAACAUCAUCGACGCCGAGGAAGGACGCCGCGAACGCAAGAAGCAGAAGCAGGAGGAUGAGCAAUACCUUCUCCCACAUCUCAGGAGCCCGUCUCCACCACUUUCCACGGAAGAUCUCGCACCCAUACUUGCUCUCCCUAGGAGUUACCUCGACAUUGUGACCAGCCCCGCCUUCCGCUACUCUCUGGGCGAUGACACGAUGGAACGGGGACUGCAGCAGACGGCCGCCGACUUGCUCGAGGGCGAGAAGGGCCUGAUGCAGGCCUUGGGGCGCCUGCGCGAGGUGCUGCGUCUGCGUGAGCGUGAUGUGUCGUCCUUUAGGCCAGCGAUGAACGGCGAGGCUUCGGGAAGCCGGGAGGAAGCACACGGCACCGUUGCGAACGGAUCCAAUGGCCCUAGCAACCAAGAACGCAUUCCACCUCUCCCGCAUGUAUCGGAGACCGACAACCUCUGGAGAGUUACCCAGGAACUCCUGAAUGCGCAGCCGCCCCCCGAGAUCUCUUUCACUCGCACCAAGCCCGGGACGGCCGUCGAGGCCCCACCCCCCACCUCACCCACGGUCAAGGCGCAGCCGAAGCUCACGCCCAUCCACCGCCUGUUCACCUGCCCGGACGGAAUGACUCUCGAGGCCAACCCCAUCGCCGACGAUCCGCGCUGGGCGAUGGGCCCCAACCACUACGCCCAGCGCCAGAUCAAGUACAAUCUUGACCUGCCCACGCAGCAGCACGCUGUGGAUGAAGCACUGGAGCGCAUUUGGGAGCUGCUCGCCGACUGUAACGAGUACAAGGAGCGCCUCGAGGAGGCGCGCGAGCGUGUUUCGGACGUGGCUCGCGUCCGCAAGGCCGUGUGGAAGGUCAUCAAGCGCCGCGCAGGGCGGGAGCUCGACCGCAUGGAGAAGAAUUUGUAGUAGUUGUCAUAUUUAACGUUGUCAGUGUUCCGCCAUGUAUCGAGAUUGUGUUUUCAA